CUGUCUGGCAAUGAAUUCCACAGAUUCGCCACACCGACUAAAGAAAUUCUUCCUCAUCUCCUUUCUAAAGAUUGUUAAAUUGAGAAAAGAUGUAAAGAAAGCAAGAAUUUUAAUCAUACGGAAAUUAUCGAGAAACAUCGCCGACCUGAAAAAGAAAAAAGGAACACAAGAUGCUGUCAUGAAGAAUCUACGACGUGCAGAAAGAUUACUGGAGGACAUCCAUACAAUGAAGGAUUUGAAACCUGAUGAUGUUACCAAAACUGCACUUCAGAGCAACCUCAACUGCGAAAAAAAGUGUGAGAGACCAAACUCCACAACAGAGGAACGAGCUAUUGCAAGGAUCGCAUCACAUCCACUCGUGUGCAAAAAAAUCACAGCUAUUAAAGCUGCUGUGAAUUCAUUUCAAGAAGCUAGAGGAAAAAACAAAAAGAAAGCCCAGAGGUCACAGCAGGAGCCUCAGCUGAAAGCAGAGGCAUUACAGCUCUCAACAUCAGAUGAAAUAUCUCAUGGUAAAACAACUAAGGUGGAAGACGAUGAUACUGUAGGUGAGAAAAGCAAAUCGAUGCACAUCACACAAACCAGUUCUUCUCUAGAUAAGUCUGAACCUGAGCCUUUGAAUGAAAAGAGUUUCAAAAACGAAGACACCUCCGAAGUCCAAAUUGAAGAAUCGGUAUUGAUUUCUCAAGUUAUCAAAAAUACUGAAGCUAUAGCAACAGAUGGCAAACAAACCAUUGCAGUUUUAGACAAAUCAGAACCUGAACCAAAGAAUGAAAAAUGUUUCAGCGAUGAAGACACCUCCGAAGUCCAAGCCACAGAAUCAGCAUUGGUUUCUCAAGUUACUGAAAUGACCAAAUCUACAGCAACACAAGUCAAACAAACCAUUGCAGCUCCAGACAAAUCUGAACCUGAACCUUUAAAUGAAAAAUGUUUCAGUAAUAAAGACAACUCCGAAGUUCAAACUGCUGAAUCAGCAUUGGUUUCUCAAGUUAUCGGAACGACCAAAGAUAAAGCAACACAAGUCAAACAAACCAGCACAGCUCAGGACAAAUCUGAACCUGAAACUUUGAAUGAAAAGUGUUUCAGUCAUGAAGACACCUCCAAAAUCCAAGCUGAAAAAAUAUCAUUGGUUUCUCAAGUUAUCGAAAAUACCAAGCCCGCCCAGUUAGAUACACAGAAACAAGUACAAGCUGUGAUUAAAUCGCAGAACAUAAGUCCUAUGGAAGAAGAUGCCAGUACUGAAGAGAAAGAGUACUUUGAUGAUAGUACAGAGGAGAGGUUUUAUAAUCAGACAUCGAGUGAUGAAAGUGGGGAUGAUGAUUUCUUUAUUGGAAAGGUGAAGAGAACAAACAAAAAGAAACAAGACAUUGAUCCAACAUCUGAUGUUAUCACUGUGAAAGAUGAUGAACAAAAUAUGCCAAGUAGUAUGGAGGAAAGAAAGAGCAAACCCAUUGAAAAAAGAAACAGCAGGGAGCAAACAAAGUUUGGAACUGUAUUUUGCAAUAAUUUGUCACGUUCAAAGGCAUCAAUGCAGCGCAACAAUCAGGGAGGGACCAAAAACAAGAAACAAGAUAGUCUACAAAACAAAUCUAACACCAAAAUAUUGUCCUUUCAUCGGAGAUCCCAAGGGAGGCCUGGAAAUGUAAUUCCAAAGCCACAACAAUCGCUUCAUCCCUCUUGGGAAGCGAGUAGAAGACGAAAAGAGCAGAACAAAAUUCCUGCAUUCCAAGGAAAAAAGAUGCGAUUUGAUGAUUAAUUUUGAUGAAUAAUGAGAAACAGGGAAUAGCAUAUGUUUAGGAAAGAACUGCAGAUGCUAGAAAAUCGAAGGUAGACAAAAAUGCUGAAGAAACUCAACGGGUGAGGCAAAUGGAGCGAAGGAAAUAGGCAACGUUACGGGUCGAAACCCUUCUUAUUUUGUAUUAAAAUCAAUUCUAAAACCACGUUAAAAUAUCUGAAGAAAUUAUACAAAUAUAAAACAUCUGUCAUGGGUUUUGUACUAAAAUUGAAAUUAUAUUUGCACACUGUUGUAGAAUGAUCUUCAGAAUUGUUUUGUGUACAUUUUAAUAAAAAAAUAAACAUUUAAAAUUCAUAUUUACAAUAGACAAUAGGUGCAGGAGUAGGUCAUUCGACCCUUCAAGCUAGCAUCGCCGUUCACUGUGAUCAUGGCUGAUCAUCCACAAUCAGUACCUGUUCCUGCCUUCUCCCCAUAUCCCUUGGCUGCUAUCUUUAAGAGUUCUAUCUAACUCUCUCUUGAAAGCAUCCAGAGAAUUGGCCUCCACUGCCUUCUGAGGCAGAGAAUUCCACAGAUUCAUAACUCUCUGAGUGAAAAAGUUCGUCCCCAUCGCCGUUCUAAAUGGCCUACCGCUUAUUCUUAAACUGACCACUGAUUCUGGGGGAACCAGGGGCCCUCUCAUCCUUCUAAAUCCCAGUGUAUAUAAGCCCAGUCGCUCCAUUCUUUCGGAUCGAGACACGUCUGAAGAAGGGUCUUGAUCUGAAACGUCACCCAUUCCCACUAUCCAGAUAUGCUGUCUGUCCCGUUGAAUUAUUCCAGCCUUUUGUGUCUAUCUUCAAAGUCCAGUUCCAGAUAUAUUUUAUAAUUUGUAUGGUGUAUGAUAUUUUCAAAUAACACCUCAUUUGUGUAAUGAGUUAUUCAAGCAUGUUAUAUUGGGAAAGUUUUGCCCCAACUCCAAAAAUCGAUGAAAUGUUAAAUUUUCCUCUAUGGAAAGAUAAUAAAUUGGAUUCUCAGAACA